AGAAACAGGAAUAGGCAUUUUCUAGCCCAAGGCUGCAGCAGCUGCACCACCGAAGCCCUCAGAACAGCGUGAUUCUAAAACCCGGCCUGUUCCCGCACGUGGCGUUCGCUUCCGGUCAGCGCCAGCGCCGACACGUCAUCAAGCGGCGCCGGAAGUGCCUUUGCGCUGCCUAGGAGACGGGACGCGGGCCCUCGGCUGACAGGGCCCGGCUGGCCGCGCCCACCUCGGUCGCCAUGGAGCUGCCCCCAGGGCCGCGAGACGAUCCCCGCGCCUGGGAAGAUGACUCGGACCCGGAGUCCGAGCCCGACCCCGACGCGCAGGCCGAGGCUUACGUGGCCCGCGUGCUCAGUCCGCCGAAAGUCGGAGGGGGGCCCCCACGCGCCCCUUUGCUGUCCGCGCCCGUCGCAUCCCCUGGCGCCCUGGAGCCGCGGGCGGCGUCCAAGGGUGCGCCCGUAGGGGUCCCGGGACUGCUGAGCCUUCCUCCGGAGCUGCUGCUCGAGAUCUGCGCCUACCUAGACGCGCGCCUGGUGCUCCACGUCCUGCCACGCGUGUGCCACACGCUGCGCGACCUCGUGCGUGACCAGGUCACCUGGAGGCUACGCGCGCAGCGCCGCGUGCGCGCGCCCUACCCAGUGGUGGAAGAGGAGGACUUCGACUGGCCGACAGCCUGCAUCGAGCUGGAGCAGCACCUGUCACGCUGGGCGGAGGAUGGGCGCUGGGCUGAGUACUUCUGUUUGGCUGAUGGGCACUUUGCUUCCAUUGACUCGGUGCUGCUGCUCCAGGGCGGUGCGUUCUGUCUGUCGGGCUCCCGAGAUCGCAAUGUCAAUCUGUGGGACCUGCGGCAGCUGGGGGUGGAACCCAGCCAGGUUCUAGUCAAGGCCUUGGGCUCCGAGAAGAACAGCACCCACAAGGGUUGGGUGUGGUCGCUAGCAGCGCUGGACCACCGCGUGUGCUCUGGUUCCUGGGACAGCACGGUGAAGCUCUGGGACAUGGCAGCUGAUGGGCAGCAGUUCGGCGAGAUCAAGGGCAAGGCGGCUGUGCUGUGCUUGUCCUACCGGCCUGACAUCCUGGUGACUGGCACCUAUGACAAGAAGGUGACCGUCUACGACCCCAGAGUCGGCCCGGCCCUGCUGAAGAGCCGACGGCUGCACUCCAGUGCGGUGCUGGCGCUGCUGGCUGACGACCGGCACAUCAUCUCAGGCAGCGAGGACCACACGCUCGUGGUGUUCGACCGCAGGGCCAACAGCGUCCUGCAGCGGCUGCAGGUGGACCCUCCCCAGGGGACCCGCAGGGACCGGGCAUGGGGUGGUGGCUUGGCCCGGCCUGAGCUGCUCUGUCCCGCAUUCCUCCCACAGCUGGACUCCUACCUGCUCUGCAUGUCCUACCAGGAGCCCCAGCUCUGGGCUGGUGACAACCAGGGCCUGCUGCACGUCUUCGCCAACCACAACGGCCGCUUCCAGCUCGUCCGGUCUUUUGACGUGGGCCACAGGUCUCAGAUCACAGGGAUCAAACACUCACUGGGGGCCUUGUACACCACAUCCACCGACAAGACCAUCCGGGUGAGCCCCCGAGACAGGCCUCCCCUCCCUUACCCUGCCCCCACCAGCCAGCAGCCCAUGGCCAGACCUUUGCCCGCUGCCCCUCCUCCCCAGGUGCAUGUGCCUACGGACCCGCCGAGGACCAUCUGCACCCGAAGCCACAACAACGUGCUGAAUGGGGUAAGGCCCUGCCCCCUGUGCCUUGCCCAGGUGCCCAGAGCGCCCCUGACUCCCUCUGCCCUGCAUCCCCAGAUCUGCGCAGAGGGCAACCUGGUGGUCGCUGCCUCUGGGGGCCUGUCACUGGAGGUCUGGAGGCUGCAGGCCUGAGCAGGAGGAUGCGGACAUGGAUCUGCCGGCCCACAGGCUGGGCCGUGGCCUCUGUUCUCGGGGGACCGUCCCCCCUGUGCUGGUGCUGCCCCUGCCCUGUCCCGAAGCCCUGAGGCACAAGGAGUCUGGGCCGUGGUGAGCUGUGCCCCACUGGCCGUGGCCCACACCAGGGGAGGUGAGCUGGUGUUCAGGCCCACCCAGGGGACUGCUCUCCUCCCUGGGGCCCUGUUUUUGUUAGGAUUUGGAUACCUGCUUUCCUUCCAGAGCGAAGGAGAAAUAAACCUGAUGUACUGGUGUCCCUC